AUGUCGACAUUCGACGGCAUCGUCAGGGAGUUCCCCUACAUCCGCAUUGACAAUUUCACAAACUAUCCAGACGAGCCGCCUCCGCUCGCCUGUUUCUUGAGCCAUGUCCACAGUGACCAUCUCAAGGGACUGGAGUCGUUCAAGUCAACUUUCAUCUAUUGCACAGCUCAGACUCGCGAACUACUUCUUCGCUUGGAAAAAUACCCUCAUCGUAUGAACUUUGCAAGAGGAAUCCUAGAAUCAAGAAAGCAGACAUAUCGCCGCCUCAAAAAUCACAUCAAGCCGAUCCCUCUCGAAACGCCAACUGAGAUCGAGUUAGCUCCCGGACAAUCUAUCCGAGUAACCCUCUUCGAUGCCAACCAUUGUCUAGGAUCAUGCAUGUUCUUGAUCGAAGGCAACGGUAAAGCCAUUCUUUAUACAGGCGAUCUUCGAUCAGAGCAAUGGUGGGUCAACACGCUGAUACGCAAUCCCGUUCUUUUACCAUAUACCAAAGGCACUCAGAGACUUGAUAACAUAUACCUCGACACAACUUUCGCUUCUAGUGAUGCUCUAGAGUAUGAGAUGCCCUCUAAAGGCGAGGGUUUGAAUGAACUCAUCAAGAAAGCCUCGCAAUAUCCUCCCGAAACAAUCUUCUAUCUUAAUACGUGGACGUUUGGCUAUGAGGAGGCUUGGAUUGCACUUUCAGCUGCUCUGAAAACUCGAGUCCACCUUGAUGACUAUCGUUGGCGCUUAUACUCUUCACAGAGAGAUCAACCAACUUGCUACGGACCACAGACUGCACCUUUAGUGGGCUACAAACUAGGCAACCACGAGCAUCCUGGAUGCCUGACAAACUCGUUGGAAGGCGCACGAAUCCAUAGCUGCGAAAGAGGAACUCGCUGUGAAGUGUUUCAGAAUCUGCAUGCAGCUAAUGUGGUUUGGAUCACGCCGAUCAUAGCUCGACACAAAGGUAACGAGAUUGCCGAAAUUGGGGCUGGUGGAGGCCAUGGUGAUCUAAACCAGACGCACUCUCUUGAGCUAUAUGAUCUGGGCAGCGUCCAGCAGCUAUUAGCCAUCUGUAACAGAGUGCUUCAGGCUCAACCUGAGCUCAAAGAACCAAUGAAAGAAUGGUUCUCGAGUUUGAUGAAGAACGGCAAGGAGUCUAUCAACCUUGAUCUUGAGAUCUUGCGUGAUGAAGUCGAAAUCACCAGUCAAGACGGUAGACCCGAUGACGAGUUUGACAUGGACAACUUGCCUAUUGACAAGCUGGUUCCAGCACUGACAAGGCUGAUCACGGGCAAGUCCAAGCAGGAGGAAGAGGAUCGCAUAAAGCAGCAACGGCAGAUUACAUUCCCGUUCUCUCGUCAUUCGUCCUACCUGGAGCUCCGUGAGCUUGUGCAAGCAUUCAAGCCAAAAGACAUAUACCCUUGUACCGUCGACCGAUCGACCUACACUUACGAUGUGUCGAUGGAGAUGCUGUUUGGAGAUCUCUGCUCGGCCAACAUAUUCCAAGCAGAUAAAGAACUCCAUGCACAGUUAGGCAUAAAGGACUCAGAGGCAGAAGACGAAGAGUCUCAAAGAAGCACUCCAUCGCCCGGAAGGGACAGACCAACUGUUCCACAGCCGAGACACUCGGAGCCAAUCAUAGAGCAUGAUGGGGCAGAGAAAACCGACCUCUCGAGAGCGAGCGAAGCAAGUCCGAUUCGCAGCUCCUCGACAGUGAGGUAUGAGACACCCAAGAAACGAGCCAAGACAUCACGGAGCACGCGCAGCACUCCAAGUAGUACUCAAAGUGACAGGAACGUGCGCCGAGAAGCGAUGUACAACGCAGCCCUUCAUCAGAGAUGGGAGAAAGGAUUCUUUACCAGCGUGGAUGGGUAUCACAACCAAGAGCCAGAGAAGGAGCUGUGA